CAUACUCAAAACACAAUUCAUUGCUCCACCAAACAUUACAGCUGCAAAAAUGUCUUCCAAAUACUACACUCUUUGGAGCAAGCCUUGCUUAACAUCAAGAAAGACUAUCAUUAAAGACGACGCAGAAAUAGCUGGAAGUAAAAUAGCGACUAGGAGACUGACAGCAGUCAAGCAGACCCUGUACAAUCCAUCGUUACCUACAUUGAGACGGAUGGACAUGGAUGAAAUACUGAGAAAACUUCCUGAGAAACACUCAAGGUUUAUGACUCCUUUGAAUAAAGGGGAUUUCAAGAAUGCAACGAUAACUCUUUUCAAGCCACCAGAGACACCUCUAUUUGGAACCAGAAUAACAGAAACGGGCCGUAACCUUUCUUCAAGGGAGUACAAACCUUUGGAAUCAGGAGGAAUGGUGAAUUUCAUGAAAUCAAAUCAGGAACAGACAAAUCAAGAUGAAGAGGAAUAUAGAGCCGCCACAGGACACCCAUCCUCUAGAUACGACCCUCGAGAGCCUUACACAUACAUGCCAGAACCAUAUCUGUCUAAAAGCGCUGAUCAGUUAAAGUUCAAUGGUUACGCGGCAAGGUACCUCGCUCCCAGAAUAUCAGGCGGAUGGAGGUAUUCUCUUCGACAAGAACCGUUUAUUGAUCUACGAGGUCAAAGACCUAUACCGGCGACCAUUUAUAGUCGGUAUAGAAAUCCUCAUCCAUUGAUCAGUGUUUCUACGACACCAUGGAAGUAACUAACCCUGGAAACGAACCAGUCGUAACUUAGCUAUAAAAAGAUAUCUUUUUAUUGAUGAUAUUGGGGUGGAAUCAAAAGUUGUGUAAAUAUGUGAUGUUUGUUCUACUUUUAAAAAUAAAAUGUGUUUUAUUGAAUUAUUUUA